AUGAGGCUUGAUUCGCAAAGUUUAUGGUUUCUUGGUCGCUCGGCUUGCCCUCACCACCAUCGUCUCUGCUGUUACGGUUCUUUAUACUCCCAUGAUCGAUCUCCUCGAGGGCAGUUUUGGAUUCGUCUUGCUUCUAUCAAUUUUUCCCUUUAUUUAGUUAGGGAAGAGGUGCUAAGGGAAUGCAGGAUGGGAAUUCCUGAAGCUGAUGUGCUUACCAAGUUGAAAGAGGUGAACAUGGUUCUUCUUGAGACUUUGAGGCUAUAUGGUGCAGUGGAUAUGGAUAGAGAGGCAGCAAAAGAUAUGAAAUUAGGGAAUUUGAUGAUUCCAAAAGGUGUAUGUGUAACAAUUCAAUUUGUGAAGAUUCAUAGGAGCAAGGAUUUUAAGGUUCAAUUAGAAGAUGAGUCGGAGACUCGGCACCUUGCAUCGCACCCUGACUUGAACUUGCCAAAGAAUUUUGGGAAUUCAGCCAUGUUCAAUGAGUCCAUAGCUGUUGCUAAAUUCCAAGGACGGCCACUUGCUGAUCACAAAUCGGUAAAGAAUGGCAGGCCUCCUGGUGCACUUCUCCAGCCACGUCCUCCUCUAGAUGCGCCCACAGUUGCAGAGGCAAUCACUUGA